AUGGCAGCCGGGGGUCCGAGCCGCUCGGAACGCAAAGCAGCGGAGCGGGUGCGGCGGCUGCGGGAGGAGCAGCAACGGGAGCGCCUCCGCCAGGUGUCGCGCAUCCUGAGGAAGGAGGCGGCCGAGCGCAGCGCGGAGGAGGGCCGGCUGCUGGCCGAGAGCGAGGACCUGGUGACCGAGCUGCAGGGCCGGAGCCGGCGGCGCGAAGGCCUGAAGCGGCGGCAGGAGGAGGUGUGCGACGACCCCGAGGAGCUGCGGAGGAAGGUGCGGGAGCUGGCCGGCGCGGUGCGCGGCGCCCGGCACCUGGUGGUCUACACGGGCGCGGGCAUCAGCACGGCAGCCUCCAUCCCAGACUACCGGGGUCCGAACGGGGUGUGGACGCUGCUGCAGAAGGGGAGGCGCGUGAGCGCCGCCGACCUGAGUGAGGCGGAGCCCACCCUCACCCACAUGAGCAUCGCCCGCCUGCACGAGCAGAAGCUGGUGCAGCACGUGGUGUCACAGAACUGCGACGGCCUCCACCUGCGGAGCGGGCUGCCGCGCUCGGCCAUCUCGGAGCUCCACGGCAACAUGUACAUCGAGGUCUGCACGGCCUGCACUCCCAACCGGGAGUACGUGCGGGUGUUUGACGUGACGGAGCGCACCGCCCUGCACCGGCACCAGACCGGCCGGGCCUGCCACAAGUGCGGGGCGCCGCUCCGCGACACCAUCGUGCACUUCGGGGAGAGGGGCACCCUGGGGCAGCCCCUGAACUGGGAGGCGGCCACCCAGGCGGCCAGCACAGCAGACACCAUCCUGUGUUUGGGCUCCAGCUUAAAGGUUCUAAAGAAGUACCCACGCCUCUGGUGCAUGACCAAGCCCCCCAGCCGGAGGCCCAAGCUCUACAUUGUGAACCUGCAGUGGACCCCAAAGGACGACUGGGCCGCGCUGAAGCUCCACGGGAAGUGUGAUGACGUCAUGAAGCUCCUCAUGGACGAGCUGGGCCUGGAGAUCCCCCCCUACAGCAGGUGGCAGGACCCCAUCUUCUCCCUGGCGACUCCCCUGCGGGCUGGCGAGGAGGGCAGCCACAGCCGGAAGUCACUGCGCCGGAGUCUGGAGGAGCCCUCGCCCGGGGACCAGGGGGCACCUCUCAGCCCGGCCCCCGUCCGGGGUGGCUGGUUUGGCAGGGGCUGCGCCAAAGGCACCAAGAGGAGGAGAGUGACAUAA